AUGGAAAAACUACUAAAGUGGUCUAUUGCUAACCAGUCGGAGGACAACUCAGUGAGAGCCCAAGCAGGGGCCCCAGAUCCAGAGUUAUUAUCACAGCUGUUUGGAGCUCCAGAUGAAGCCGCUUUGAUGGUACAGAACAUGCAGGUGAUUGUGAACGAGGAAGCCACCUUGGAGAACAGAGAGAUUGCAUUUGAUAACUUUGAAAUGCUUAUAGAGAAUUUGGAUAAUGCCAACAAUAUUGAGAACUUGAAGCUUUGGCCUGCCCUGAUAUCGCAGCUCGACUCUUCGCAGGAGGCCAUCCGCAAGUAUGCGUGUUCUUGCAUCGGGACCGCCCUCCAGAACAAUACCAAAUCACAGGAAGACUUUCUGAAGCACGACGGAGGCAUUAAGAAAUUGAUAGAUAUUGCCGAACAUGACAGUUCCGAGGAUGUGCAGCUGAAAGCACUGUAUGCUCUCUCCAACUCCAUCAGACACGACGAUGCGGCUUAUGCGGCUUUCGAGAAAGAGCAGGGCUGGAAGCUGGUUUCGCCAUUACUGGCGCCUUCAGUGAAAGACAAGGUCAAGCUUCGUGUGCUUUCGCUGUUGUCGGCUUUGAUAUCAACGGGUGUCUCCGAUGAGAAGAAGCAACAGAUACGUGAUGGAGACGUCGUCAAUGGUAUAGUGGUGCUUGUUCGUGCGGAUGGUCACAUCGGAUGUGUUGAUAAGGCACUGAACCUUCUGGCUCAACUCGUUGCGGCAGGUUACAAGUUUUCAGAGUCAGAGGUCAACAGCAUAGAUGAUUCCGUGAAGAAUGUGAGCUCCAUCAGAGACCAACUUUCCGAGGAAGAUUUCCAGACUAUCAAGCAAGUAACUCUACAAUGA